UGCUUUUCCAUGUGGUCGCGACUCGCGAGCCGCGCGGCGCGCUGGAGACUCGCGCGGCUGUACCCUUUUCCACUUCCACAGGCUGCAUCCCAUUACCACUUCCACAGAUCAUUCGAUCGACCCGCGAAGCCAAAACCCUAACCUUUCUUUUACCAUUUCCACCCACCCGGAGGCGACGGUGCAGGAGAACCGGUAUAUCCUAUUUACCUUCGAUACCUUAUUUAAAUGGAUGCUGUGCGUUAAUCUUUCAGAAGGAUGCAGCCAUUUGUGUCCCCUGACCAUUUACAGUACCUAAACUGUAAACUUUUUAGCUCGUGAGUUUUCUGACCACAGCGAGGGCAACCGCUGCAAGGAGAAACACCGCCUUCUGGGGCUCCUUACGCAGACAGAGCUCGCCCUAGACUAACGGUCUCUGGGAGAAGGUCUACAGUUGUUGUCUCCAGAGCAACCAUCUCCUGGUUUAAAGACGGUAAAGUUGGUGAUUCGUAGCUCUGUAAAUUGUGUGAUGAAUAACGUCUCUGAUGGUUCUUCUACUCAUUGUUCUAUAACCAUGGAGCCUUCCACUGUUGCAAGAAAGAAUAGGCCAACAAAUGUAUAUAUAUGGGACAUGGAUGAGACAUUAAUACUGCUGAAGUCAUUACUAAAUGGUGCAUAUAUGCAGGCCUUUGGUGGUUCAAAAGACUCCAGUAAAGGAUUAGAAAUUGGGAAACGUUGGGAAAAGCAAAUUCUUCAAGUCUGUGAUGACCAUUUCUUCUAUGAACAGAUUGAAGAUUACAAUGAACCAUUUCUCUUAUCUUUGAAUGAAUUUGAUGAUGGGAAAGACCUUUCUGACUAUAACUUCAAUGACGAUGGCUUAACGUUUCCUUGUGAUGACUCCAACAAAAGGAAACUUGCAUACAGGCACCGUGCCAUAGCAAACAAAUACUCAAAGGGUUUGCAUAAUGUACUGGAUCACAACAUGAUCAAGCAAUGGGAUGAUCUAUAUAAAUUGACCGAUAUCUAUACGGAUGGAUGGCUUUCCUCUGCACGUGCUUUACUGGAACAAACUUCUGGCAGAAAUAAAACCGAUGCUUCUCAGCCUUCAUCAUCUGAAAAUACAUAUGAUAACAUGGAUAUGAAAUGCAAAGACAUCAAUGUAUUGGUUACGUCUGGAUCCCUAAUUCCAAGUCUCGUCAAGUGCAUGCUCUUUCAUUUGGAUGAUCAUAUAGUUUAUGAAAAUGUGUACAGCUCUUGGGAAGUAGGAAAGCUGCAGUGCUUCGCAUGGAUUCGAGAGCGUUUCAGCGGGCCUUCGGUGCGAUUCUGCGUGAUUGGAGAUGGAAUGGAAGAAUGUGAUGCAGCAGAGAGGAUGCGCUGGCCUUUUGUUAAGAUGGAUUUUCGCCCAAAGGCACCACAUAGAUUUCCAGGCCUCACUGUAAGGAUCAUCGAGCACUAUAUGGAGGUGAUUUAUGGGCCCUUCAACUAUCCUGAUGAUGAAAAGGAGCAAUAAGUCUUCUCUUUUCUGCUGCUCUUAUGACUGAUAUGUUUUUUUAACUUUGAUUGACUUGCCUGAGUGUUUAUUUGUUAUAUUUGUUCUACAUAUUUGACAUGUUUGAGUAUACCUGCACUUGUUUUUGUGAGGUGGUUUUGUUUUGUUGUGUGGUAGCAGGUUCAAAUAUAUCUAAGAGCUGCUAUCUUAUUGGCUUUUCCCAAAAAAAAAACAAAGAAAAAGGAAUUUUUCUGC